AUGGAACCUCCCGAUGCUGUGAGGGUGCCCCUGAAAGAUUUGAGCUGGUAUGGGCCUUCUGCAGAGCUAGUCCAGACUGGGAUGGCUGUAUCACUAACAGCAGCUAAAACUCUGGCCCUUGAGGGUACACAGGAACAAGAGAUUAGGAUGAUGGAGCCAAAGGAAGAGGGACAGUCUUGGGAGUAUGAGACCAGACUACCUGGGAACCACUCCAGCAGUCAAGAGAUCUUUCGCCAGCGCUUCAGGCAGCUCUGUUACCAAGAGACUCCUGGUCCCCGGGAGGCCCUGAGCCGACUACGGGUACUCUGCUGUGAGUGGCUGAGGCCAGAGAGACACACCAAGGAGCAGAUCCUGGAGUUACUGGUGCUGGAACAAUUCCUGACCAUCCUACCUGAGGAGCUCCAGUCCUGGGUGCGGGGACAUCACCCUAGGAGUGGAGAGGAGGCUGUGACUGUGCUGGAGGAUUUAGAGAAAGGACUUGAACCAGGACCGCAGGUCCUGGGCCCUACACGUGGACCUAUACAGGAAGAGCCAUGGGAGAAGAAGGCACCUCUGGGAGCAGCCCAGGAAGCAUUGAACAUCCAGCUCCAGCCUAAGGAGACGCAGCUCAAGUGUGAAUCUCAGGAGACCCAGCCUUUCCCAGAGAGUGAACAGGAAUGUUUACAUUUUCCAUCAGUUGUUACAGAAGAUGGUCCAGAGCCCAAGGACAAGGGAUCAUUGCCACAGCCGCCCAUUACUGAAGUGGAAUCUCAGGUGUCCUCAGAAAAACUCGCCACCAACACCUCUACAUUUGAAGCUACCUCUGAAGUUGAGGGUACCUUAGACCAGCAGCAGAGAAAUCCCAAAGCAGAGAGACUGAGGUGGUCCCCUGCACAGGGGAAAGGUUUCAGACAGACAGUUGUCACCCAUAAGAAAACUCCCACAGGGAAGAAAGACCAUGAAUGUAGUGAAUGUGGUAAAGCCUUCAUUUAUAACUCACACCUUGUAAUUCACCAGAGAAUUCAUUCUGGAGAGAAACCCUAUAAGUGUAGUGAUUGUGGGAAAACUUUCAAUCAGAGCUCAAACCUCAUUCAGCAUCAGCGAAUUCAUACAGGAGAGAAACCCUAUGAAUGUAAUGAAUGUGGGAAGGCCUUCAGGUGGGGUGCUCAUCUUGUUCAACAUCAGAGAAUUCAUUCAGGAGAGAAGCCUUAUGAGUGUAAUGAGUGUGGGAAGGCCUUCAGUCAAAGCUCAUAUCUAAGUCAGCAUCUGAGAAUUCACAGUGGAGAGAAACCUUUUGUAUGUAAAGGAUGUGGGAAAGCUUACAGAUGGAGUUCAGAGCUUAUUAGACACCAGAGGGCUCAUACCAAAAAAGAGCCUUCCCAGUGUAUUGAAGGAAAAACUGUUUAG